CUUGCACACGCCCCGGAGAGUUCGCGGAGGCCGCCACGUCGCGCCUCCUCUCCGUCGGCAGCCCUCGAGACGCGCGGAGAGGGAGGGGGAGGGGCGAGGCAAGAGUCACGUGACCACCCUCCUCACCCUCACCGAGGUCGAGAAGGAACGUCAGAACUCUUCCGAAGGAACAGAAGUUAAGUUCUCAACCAUGAAGCGGAUGAUUCGGACAGGUUGGCUGACCUGCCUCCUGGUGAGCUGGGCGGCCGCUGCUGUUCUCGACGCCCGGGAGACGCCGCCGUCCCAUGAUUCAGAAGAGCUUCCGCAGGACGAGGGCGAGGUCGUGCUUGACCACGUGGCCGCCAUGGAGCGCUGGAGGGAGCUGAAGGCGAGGCUCCUGAAGCUGAAACCGAGUGACGUUGAUCAUGACCCCAGCCGCGACGAGGAGGACGACCGCCAUCUUAGGUCGCUCUUCCCGGCCGGCUACAGCGGGUGCUCCUGCUCGGACUUGGCCGCCAUCGCCGCCCAGAUCAACAUCUUCGAGAAUGAGAUCAAGGAAAUAGGGAAGUUGGAGGACAAGCUCGAACUCACGGCGGCCGCCAUCAAGCAACUCGCAGCCUGGGUCGAAUCGGGAGUCAAGGGCCCUCAAGGACCGGCAGGAACCCCAGGCGAGCCCGGCGUGACAGGGCCCCCCGGUGACCCUGGCGAGGCUGGCGCGGACAUCACCGUCGAUCGGCGAGGCGUCCCGGGCCCCCCAGGACCCCCAGGGCCCCUUGGUGUCGCCGGCGUGGUUGGCGACCGCGGAGACUGCAAUAAGGGCGAGAAAGGCCAGCAGGGCCAGAAGGGCGACCCGGGUGUGGGCGAGAAGGGCCCCCGAGGACCCCCCGGACCCCCCGGCGAGAGGGGCAGCCCCGCCCCGAAUCUCUCUGGGAAGUAGAGGCGGAAGACCUCGGCUCCCAAGUGACUCUGCCUGAGUCUGUCAAGUCCAGCGGCAUCAGCUCAGCCGUUCUGAGAAACCCGAAUCGCUUCGCGGUCAGCAACUCGCCUCGCGAGAUGCUGACUGUUACAACGAGAACAUUCACUGAGAACUGGCGUUUGCUUCCCUUUUCAUUUUUGCUAAUAAACUCAGAGAUCACGA